UGCCAGAAAAUUUGACGGUGGACGCAACAGCGUAGAAUAACCGAUUUCUUAUAACGAUAUCCAAUUUCCCUUCUUCAUUUCUCUCUUUUCUUCUCUAAUCUUUCCAAUCUGCAUUUCAAUUUCAUUUCCGCAUUCUGAAACUUUGAUUCUGAUGGGCAAAUCCAAAUCCAAGAAGCUUAAGCUUUUCAAGGAAGAGUUUACGUUCGAUGAACGGAAAAAGGAAUCUACAAGCAUCAUAGUCAAAUAUCCAGAUCGAGUUCCUGUCAUCAUUGAGAAAUAUGCGAGGGCAGAUAUCCCUACAUUGGACAAGAAAAAAUAUUUGGUUCCAAGGGACAUGUCUGUUGGGCAGUUCAUUCAUAUUUUGAGUGGCAGGCUACGGAUGAAGCCCGGGAAAGCUCUGUUUAUAUUUGUGAAGAACACAUUACCUCAGACUACGAGUCUUUUGAGCAACAUCUAUGACACUUACAAGGAUGAUGACGGCUUUCUGUACAUGUGUUACAGCAGUGAAAAAACAUUUGGCUAACUUUGCUGUGCUUGCUAAUGCUUGUAUCUAUCUGCACAUUGUGAAUUCUCCUCAUUGUUUGGAAUCCACUCCAGUAAAUAAUUCACUUGUCUGAUUUGGUAGUAGAAACUCUUGUGUAAAAUGUAAAUAAUGACUAAUUGUACUUCAAAUGGAAAGUACAAUUGAUAGAUCAUAAAGAAAACCAUUUCUUCACCAUUGUAGACACCUGUUCUCAUUUGUAAUGUACAUUAUUACAUUAUAUUUAUACAAGCGACAAUGCUUUAUGAACAUACCGAAAAGGUAUGUCCAAGCAUGUGAAUUUCAUA